AUGAGUCUUCUCGGCAAAGCAUUCAUCGUCACAGGAGGUGCAUCUGGUAUCGGCAAAAGCACAGUUAGAAAACUGCUAGAGCUAUCUGCACAAGUGCACGUCCUAGACAUCUCCAGCAAAAUACCAACACACAACGGCCUAGCCGGUCAACAGCAGAGCUACCCCAAGGUCAACAUAUCAUCGAGGAAGGAUGUCAAAGCUGUGUUUGACCGAAUUGCCGCCCAGAAUAACGUACAAAUCGCCGGGCUUGUCCAUUGUGCGGCGAUCCUGCGCCCUACUGAAACAUCGGAAGCGGGGGACGAGAAUCUUUGCCAGCUCUGGGAUGUCAAUGUUGCUGGUACAUGGAAUGUCAAUACCGAGUUUCACCAGUUGGUCAAGUCGUCGCGCGUUCCUGGGGAGGUCGACAGCAUUGCAAGUAUCGUCAACGUAGGUUCGAUGGCUUCCGUACGGGGCAUCCCUGGUCUUGCAGGAUAUGUCGCCAGCAAACAUGCAGUACUGGGAUUGACUCGCUGCUUUGCUCAAUCUUGGGCGUCGGCUGGUCUAAGAGUGAACUGCGUUGCUCCAGGGGCUGUGAAUACGCCGAUGAUUCAGGGGACCAUGGAUACUGCACCUGUUGCGGCAGCGUACAAGGGGGCUCUGAAGUCGAUAGUAGAGCCUGAAGAGGUUACCGAAGCAAUCGUGUUUUUGUUGGGAAAAUCCUCCUCAGCGAUAACAGGGCAGAUGGUUGAAGUAAAUGGUGGCUGGCCUUGA